UGAAAGAAAGGCCCGGGAAAUCGUAAAACUCCAACCACCCAAGCCAUAGACUGUUUGCACAGCAAGCAUCAAGUCUGACACCACCAGGAUCAUGAACAGCUUCUAUCCCAUACCAUAAGAUUGCUAACAAAAUGGUUAUGCUGACUGAGUUGACCUUUGAAUUGUAUUAUUAUUUUUGCACUCUCUAUGCACAUUCACAGGUCCCUACAAAGUACUCCCACUGAUACUCCAACACACAUAUAAACACGUAUCCAUCAUUUGCUCACGCACACAUAAUACACAUUUAUACUGACUCCACUCAAACCCACUCACAUACAAUCAUCAUAUAUCCUGAUGCCUAGUCACCUUACCCUGUAAAUAUCUACCUCUCGAUCCAGUAUCCCUGCCCAUUGUAAAUACGGUAAUGGAACUGACCCUGUAUUUAGUAUGCUUACUAUACUUACUUUAUCAUGUUCUUAUUUUUAUAUAUCGUGUGUUUUUGUUCUACCUUGUUAUUUUUAGUGCUACGUUGUUAAUCACUGCAUUGUUGGCGUUAGAGCUUGCAAGAUAGACAUUUAACAGUACUUUUGUACAUACGACAUUCAAAACCUGAAGUUCCGUGAAAAGUGUUUCCCGAAAAAAAAGACGGGCAUUGACCUACUUCCUGAAAGUCACAACGUGCGUGAUGACGUCAAGAUACUCACCUGCACGCUGUACCGCCAAAUGGAUAAACCCCUUUAUGCUCUUCAGGUAGCUUUUUCAACGAUUUCAUUUAAUGCUAAAUCUGACAGCGGCAAGUGUCUAAACCACGAACUAUUAUUUUGAGUUGGACUUUACUGGAGUUGCUUUGACGUUUUACAGAAACCAGAGAUGGAAGAAUUAAUGAUAUGGGAGCAGCAUACUAUAACACUAAGCAAAGAUUCCAAGAUGGGGUUUGGCUUUGCGAUAUCAGGGGGCAGAGACAAGCCGAACCCAGACUCAGGGGGCACAGCUGUGAUGGUUUCAGAUGUGGUGCGGAACGGACCCGCUAUGGGACGGCUGUUCGUCAGAGAUCAGAUCGUCAUGGUCAAUGGAGUGUCCAUGGACAAUGUCUACUCUACCUUCACCAUCCAGAACCUUAAGUCAUGUGGCAAAACAGCCAACAUAACAGUGAAGCGUCCUCGUAAGGUCCAGCUCCCAGCCAGCACCAGACCGUCGCGUGCCGCCUCCCACUCCAACCUGCUGGAUCAGGACCCCCCACGGAGGAUCCGACGCUACUCUGAUGGCUCCGACCAGGCCCGCACCCCUGACCACUACAGCGCUCGUAGCACUACCUCCGAUCGCAACGGGACCGCUCACGCCCUGCCACUUAUGUCAGGGUACAAACGGCUGCCACACCAGGACUUCCUCGACAAGCCAAUCAAAACCACCCUGCUGAAGAAGAAACUCACAGAUGAGUAUGGACUGAAGUUGGGAAGCCAAAUCUUCAUCAAACACAUGACUGAGACGGGUCUGGCUGCCAAGGAGGGCACUCUGCAGGAGGGAGACCUCAUUCUCAAGAUCAAUGGGAUGACAACAGAGAACCUGUCCCUGCUUGAGACCAAGCACCUGGUGGAGAAGUCCCGGGGGAAGCUGACCAUGAUGGUCCUGAGAGACGACCGCAAGUUCCUAGUCAGCAUCCCCGAGGUGGAUGACAGCGCCCCCAACAGCGAGGAGGACCGCCAUAGCCACAGCAGCUCUGAACUGGAGGACAUUUCAGACCUGGAUACAGACAUCCCCACUCCUAGAAACAGAGUGUCACGCUCCGCCACUAGAGAACGACGCACACGCAGAAGAGCUGAGCAACCUCCUCUAGUAGCUAAGUCUCGUGACCAGUCCCCGGUGCGUUCGACACUGUCCCGGCCUGCUGCUAAAGCCUACCCCUCUCGCCGAGCCCCCUCAGAGUCCGAGUCUGACCGCAGUGCCUCACCCCCUCUUGUCAGGAAGGACAGCCCAGACAUAGCCGACAAAUACAGAACUCUUUCAGGGGUGUCCAUGCUCCCCAACCCCAAAGCCUUACCUGCCGUCCUCGACUGGGCCGCCCCACGUCCUUCCCGUCCCUCCUCCGCCUUGCGAACUCGUAAAGUGGUGUCAGAGUCGGACUCGGACCGCAGUGCCUCGCCACCCCCUAGAAGAGGAGAGAGUUCCAGAGUCACAGAGGACCACUCCAGAUACAGAGUGCUCCCUGACCUGCCCCACCCUGGGACACUGAGCGCCUCCCCCAUCUCCAUUCGUCAGGAUCCCCCCCGACGGGUCUCCUCUCCUGUCAAAGCCCCACCUCCAGACUCUGAGACUGAGUCGGACAGCAGCUCCGGGCCCCCCCAGAGACAGGGCACCACCCACAGGCAGGACACCCGGAGCAGAUACAGAGCCACUCCUUUAGUAGCUGUGGAGCCCCAAGUGGAGCCCCCCAAGUGGAAGGCCCCCAGUGUCACAAUGAGCAAACAUGCUAAGGGGCGCUCAGGAUCAGAGUCGGAGGCAAGUUAUGCAACCGUACCUCGACGGGAAUUUGCAGACAGUGGAGGCUCCAGUUCCCAGGGAUCCAAGGACAGUUACAGAGCUCUGCCUGAGAUGCAGUCUUCUCCAGCUCCAGUAGUGAGACAGGACCCCCCUCAACGAGGCAUGACCCCCUCCAGACCAGUCUCAGAUUCCUCUGAGUCAGACCGUGCACCUUCACCCCCUCGGAGGUCUGGGAGUACCGAUGUGGAGAGCAACCACAGUGUUCCACGCAGAGCCAAUGGAACUGUCCGCUAUGGGAUAUCAGUGAAGAGCAACCCUCCAGCCUACUCCAAGACCGAGGAACCCAUCUACUCCUUACCCCCAGACUCCAUCCCCACACCUAACUUGGGAUACAGCUCUGAUCUGAACACAGUGUCGUUUGUGAAGGAGGGCAGCGUAGGCCUGAGGCUGGUGGGGGGUAAUGACGUGGGCAUCUUUGUUGGGGGGGUUCAGCCCAACAGUCCUGCCCAUGAGCAAGGCAUGAAGGAGGGGGACCAGAUCAUGCAGGUAAAUGGGGUGGACUUUGGUCAUUUCAACCGUGAGGAAGCUGCUAUGUUCCUGAUCAACAUAAAGAGAGGGGAGCCGGUGGACAUCCGUACUCAGAACAAGAUGGACAUAUACAAGAAGAUACUGAAGUCCAACUUGGGAGACUCGUUCUAUAUCCGGACCCACUUUGACAACGAGGCAGAGGGCCACAACAGCCUAGCCUUCACCAGGGGAGAGGUGUUCAGGGUGGUGGACACCAUGCACAGGGGCAAGCUGGGGAAGUGGCUGGCUAUACGCAUGGGCAACGACCUGCACGAGCUGGACAAGGGCACCAUCCCCAACCAGGCCGGGGCUGAGACACUGGCCAGUAUGGAGCAGGCUCAGAGGGCCAGUGGAGGAGGAGGGGAUCGCCAGGUCUCAGGGCCCAGGGCAGAGUUCUGGAAACUACGGGGGCUUAGAGGGGCCAAGAAGAACGUCCGCCGGACCCGCGACGACCUGCUCCAACUCACUAUCCAGGGCAAAUUCCCAGCGUACGAGAGAGUUCUGCUCAGAGAAGCUAAUUUCAAACGGCCAAUCGUCAUCUUGGGUCCUCUGAAUGAUGUGGCCAUGGAGAAGCUGGCCAGAGAGAUGCCUGAUGAAUAUGAGGUGGCAGAGAUGGUUCCUCGUAGUAGUGGAGCAGACAGCGCUUCUACGGUCAUUAAGCUGGACACAGUCCGAAGGAUUGCAGAGAAGAACAAGCACCCUCUGCUGGACAUUACUCCUACUGCAGUGGAGCGUCUGAACUACAUCCAAUACCACCCCAUGGUGCUGUUCCUGGACCCACACAGCAGGAAGGACGUCAAGGUCAUGAGGCAGAGGAUGUGCCCCAACUCCAACAAGAGCUCCAGACGCCUCUACGCACAGGCCCUCAAGAUGAGGAGGCACUGCGGCCAUCUGUUCGCAGCUCGUAUUGCCCUCCAGCCCAGCUCUAAUGUGUGGUAUGAGACUCUGAAAGACAAGAUCAGACACCAGCAGGCCAAACCUGUCUGGGUCUCAGAAGUCACGUUGGAGGGAGGCGGAGAGGAGGAGCUGGAUGCGUUGGACCGGACUCAUUCGGACUACCUGAGUGCUGCCAGUGACCUAGAGGACACGGAUGGAGAGGCGUUUACAGACGGAGAGGUCUACACUGACAAUGAGGACCUGGAGGAACCAUUUGACUCCAGCAACCAGCCCCGGAUAUCCAGGCCCACCGCUCUGGCCCGCUCCUCAGAGCCUGCUGCCGAGUACCACAGCCCCGAUCCAUCCCCCGAGCCUCUGGGAGAGGUCCCACCCCUGAUGCAUGUGCCUGAGCCCAGGUCGACCCGUCGUCCAUCUGACAGCUCUCCUCACGAUGUCGUCACUGAUGACACCCCGUCCUAUCAUAGCUUUUCAGAUUCGGACUUCAGCGCCAUUGACCCGGCUGUUCUGACCACCCACUCGGAUGAACACCCUGACUUCAUAGCCCCUAACCCCAGAAUCUUUGUCCCUGAGCCCCCGUCAGCCGAGCUGCUGCCAGAGAGCCCCCCAUCCGUCACAAUGUCAGUCAUAGAGAAGAAACUCCAACAGACCCAUAUGGCAGAACCUCAGGAGAGGAAAGCUUCCCCAUCAUUCAUUGUGUUGGCUCACCACCAGGCUGUCCAGACGAGACGCACUCAGAUCCGAGGCAGUGACAGCUCCGAUGACAAUGACGAGACUGAGGACUUCGAGUGGGGUCCAGCUACAGAACUUUAGAUUAGAAAACACAGUUCCAGGACUACAAAACAAGAAUGCUGGAGCACACCAACUCCAGAACUACAACUUUAAUGUACAAAGUUCCAGAACUGCAGAACUACAGUUGUAGCCCAUACAGUUCCAGAGCACAGACUUUGCCUCUUAAAUGGGAGAUGUGAAAUGCUCUCAACUUCAGCCUUUGAGGAUAACUUUUGGAGAGGUAGGUUGGAGGGCAACUGUCAGACCUGCCUUUAGACAUGGGAAUUCAGGCAAUGGCUUCUGUAAACAAGGGCUCACACCUUUCUAAAUGCCGAAUUCCAAGAGUGGAAGUUAAUUUUAAUGGAAAUUCUAAUAAAAAACGCAGGGUUUGGUACUUGCAGUAAAGCAAACAUUUUAUUUGUAUUGCAUGUAACUUUUUAAAGAAUGCUAUUUUUGAUCAAAACUUUUGAGAUUUUACCAACACGGGCAACUUUGAUGUCAAGGAUGUCAAUUGAACUAAAAGCUGGAAUCCUUAAUUGAAACAAUAACAAAGCAGUCACACUGCCUAUGUUUUGGUAAAAAGCUGAGGGAUGAUGGGCCUGGAGAAAUGUAACAACUCUCAAAUUCAAAGCAAGCACUAUGGACUGACCAUCCAUGAUAUCAGAAUUAUAGUUUUAACCCUGUUUUGAGGCUACACAGUGUUUGUUUACAAAAAUGUGAUGACAAGCUUAAAUUUUGGGUUCUGAUGGGGUACGACAGUUGAACUAAAGCUCAUUAGGCAUUUAUAAGUUAUUCUUCAAGAAUCAAUGCAUAUAGAUAGCUACAUCAUUCAUUUAUAAGUCCAAUUAUGUAGCAACUAAGGAUUCAAGCUUUCAUGAGAACUGCUUCAAAAACGGUUAUGGACAUUCACAGGACACUAAAUAUAUCAAAGCUCCAUUUUCUAAAUUAUGAUUAAUUUGUAAAGAGAACACAUUUUGUUCAUUAAAUAUUACAGAUCUGGUGAAAAAAUAUCUGCUCUUGUCAUUGUUUUUCAUCAUGUCUAGAACAUAGUAGAAAAUCCUCACCUCGUCCACCACCCAUCACUCUUGUAAUUUUAACACCACUGUGUUACCAAACAUCUUGGUUGAAUGAUCCAACAUGGCAGCCUGAGCUCAUUAAAUUCUUAAACCCCCAAAAA